UACAGCAAAAAAAAAAAUCGUGACGAAGAGUUUUUCCUGUGGAUGUUGGAGUAAAAUGUCAAAGGGAUCCUGAGUAGAUCAGGGUUGGUCACGCAGGUUAAAACACGUCGCAGGAAUGUAAAGUCCGGGUUCCUCCGUGGGGAAAUGGACGAAACAAGUCCGUUGUUGGCCAACCAGCAGCACCAGAGCCCAGAUCUUCUGUCUCCGAACCUGAGGCCGAGACACCAGAGUCUGAUUCCUACGCCAUGUGGACCGAUAAAGUCGUGGUCGGAGCUGUCCGCCCUGGUGAAGACCUACUUCUGCUUCACCAUCGUGUCCCUGCUGGUGCUGCUCAGCCUCACCGUGUCCAGCAUCUACAAGCAGCACAAGGACACGGACGUUUCCGACGAGGACAACUUCACCGUGUCCCUCAUCCAGCUGGUCGGGAUAUUGUUCUGCAUCUACUACAUCAGCCGCGGCGUGCUGCAGGAGAACCGACAGGAGCUGGUGGCGUUUGUGCUCAGCGUGCUGGUGGUCAUGAUCCGAUCGGUGGUCAACUUCUCCGUGGUGGGCUCUAAGGGCAAACAGGAGGUGCUGGCUCGCUUCGUGUGCAUCAUGUGCCUGGGCGUCAUACACGUGCUCUGCACCACGGUGCUCAUCCAGAGGCCCAACAUGAUGGCGUUCCGUGUGGGCGGGGCCCUGGAGAGCAUGCAGGAGCAGUACUUCCUCCUCAACCUCUGUUUCUCCAUGGUGACCUUUGACCUGCAGGCUCAGCUGUGUCUGUGCAUCCUGAUCACAACGUCGGCCUCCGCCAUGUCCGCUGCCAACACCAUCAUCCUGGGGGUCGGAGUGUUCUGGGCUUUCGCCACCGCCGUCGUCGGAGCUGUUGCGGUUUUGAAGGAAGCCAAGGUCCUUGUUUGGGUCUUCAUGGUGCAGAACCUUCCUGAAGUGGCCUUCUUCAUUUACCUGUUGUACUCGGUGAUAGAGAAGUGGUUCCACGACCAGACGUACACCCUGGAGGCGGCCACCGUCACCGGAGCGUUGAUUUCGCUGCUGAUCAAAGGCGUCUUGUUGUGGAGCCUCAUCAGGCUGGUGCAGAGCUUCGGACAGGGCCUCAGAGAGAGAAUGUUUACAUCCAGCUAGAGAUUCCACAUCGGCUGGCCGCUGCAUGGAGGACCGCCGCCGCCGCAGCUUCUGCAGCCGGGACAAUGAAUGUGGAGCUCCGACGUUUAUCCAGCAUUAACUCUACCAAAGCAUUGACCAAGCAUUUUAUUUACACACUUAUUAACUCUAAUGAGCUGUCCAUCUAAACUUAGCUUCACCAGAUUGUUUGCAGUAUGAAAUGUCAGCUUUCGUACUUGCAUUCACACCUCGCGUUAGAAUCGGUCGGUGUGCUGAGCUGUUUUCUAAUCUAAAUUGUUUGUAUUCUGAUUAAUUAUGUUCUUAAAAGCACAGAUAAUCAGCACAUAAAAAGCCAAAGGCUUCUCAUUUUUUGCCUAAUUUUAUUAGUGACUUAAAAGUGCUAUAUUUAUGUUUAUUUUCCUUCACAUAAGCCUGAACAGAGCUCUGCUGGACUUUCUUAUUUGCGUGACAAGUAUUCCACCAAUCUGCUCUGUUCCUUAAGGAACCGCAGAGAGAUUUCUAUUUGUACCUUCACUGUAAGAUACACUGUAAUAUUUAAACUGGAUGUUGGUAUAUUUUUUUGUAAAGUGAAUAACGUUCCCCUCUGGUGAUGGACUGAUUUGCAUUUGUUUUAUGUACUACUUUUGCUCACUCAGAUUUCUUAACGUCACUCUGCACCUUGAUGCGCUCAAUGUUUUUUUUAUAUACUGGAUUCUUAAUAAAACUCCAAACCAAA